CGCGGCUAUUGGUGACUCGUGCGCUCCGUAGGGGGAAGGGAGCGCGCGCCGCCCGGCCGCGUCUUGUCGCUGGCUGUGCUGCUCGGCGUCUGCAUGGGCAAGAGGAGAGCCAUGGAGCGGGAAGGAGGCCCGUUGGAGUCUCCGGCCCAUUGCAAGUCCUCAUCCUUGGAGCAGAAGAAUGAGGAGCAAGUGGAUGAUGACUUGGAUCUCUUUGGGGGUUAUGAUAGCUGCCGGCGUUACAGCAGCAGUGGAGAGAGUGGCAGUACCUCCUUCCUGGAAGACUCUAGUGAGAAUGAAGCAGCAGAUCGAAAAGCUGGGGAACUGCCUACAUUGCCUCCACAGGCCCAAAAACCUACCAGCCGAUUGCCAGAUGAAAGUGGUUCUGAGCCAGCUGUCUGUGAGAUGUGUGGGAUUGUGGGCACAAAAGAUGCCUUCUUCUCCAAGACCAAACGUUUCUGCAGCGUCUCCUGCUCCAGAAGCUACUCUUCAAAUUCCAAGAAGGCCAGCAUCCUGGCAAGGCUGCAGGGCAAACCACCUACAAAAAAAGCCAAAGUCUUGCACAAGGCAGCCUGGUCUGCAAAAAUUGGGGCUUUUCUCCAUACGCAGGGGACAGGGCAGCUGGCAGAUGGAACGCCAACUGGCCAGGAUGCUCUCAUCGUUGGCUUUGACUGGGGAGCGUAUCUGCAGGACCAUGGAUGCAAGGCUGCGCCUGUUGGCAGUUUCAAACAUGUGCCUCUUUAUGAUCAGUGGGAAGAUGUGAUAAAAGGGAUGAAGGUAGAAGUGUUAAACAGUGAUGCUGUGCUCCCCAGUCGUGUGUAUUGGAUUGCCUCUGUUGUUAAGAUUGCAGGAUACAAGGCACUGUUACGUUACGAAGGCUUUGAGAAUGACUCUAGCACUGACUUUUGGGUCAACUUGGGUACUGUGGACGUUCACCCUAUUGGCUGGUGUGCUGUUAACAGCAAAAUCCUGGUGCCUCCCCAGUCCAUCCAUUCAAAGUACACCGACUGGAAGGGGUACCUCAUGAAAAAGCUUGUGGGAGCCAGGACUAUCCCUGUGGAUUUUCAUAUAAAGAUGACUGAGAACAUGAAGUAUCCCUUCCGCCAAGGCAUGAGACUGGAAGUGGUGGACAAGACCCGUGUUUCUCGGAUGCGUGUGGCUGUUGUGGACACCGUGAUUGGUGGCCGCCUGAGGCUUCUCUAUGAAGACGGGGACAGCGUUGAUGAUUUCUGGUGCCACAUGUGGAGCCCCUUAAUCCACCCUGUUGGCUGGUCUAGAAGGGUUGGCCAUAGCAUAAAGAGAACGGAAAAAUCUAAUGACAUGGCACACCACCCUACCUUCCGGAAGAUCUACUGUGAUGCUGUUCCAUAUCUCUUCAAGAAGGUGCGUGCUGUCUACCCAGAAGGUCGCUGGUUUGAGGAAGGCAUGAAACUGGAAGCCAUUGACCCUUUGAAUAUGGGCAACAUUUGUGUGGCUACUGUCCGUAAGGUCCUUUUAGAUGGCUAUCUCAUGAUCGGCAUUGAUGGCGCAGCCUCUGAGGAUGGUUCUGAUUGGUUCUGCUACCAUGCUUCCUUGCACUCCAUUUUCCCUGUCAAUUUCUGUAAGCAGAACAACAUUGAACUGACUCCUCCGAAAGGGCAUGAUGCCAAGACCUUCAAUUGGACAAGCUAUCUAGAAAAGACCAAGUCAAAGGCUGCACCAGCACAUCUGUUCAACGUGGAUUGCCCAAACCAUGGCUUCAAGAUGGGUGCCAAGCUAGAAGCAGUAGACUUGAUGGAGCCCAGGCUUAUCUGUGUGGCCACAGUGAAGCGAGUGGUACAUCGGCUCCUCAGGAUACAUUUUGAUGGUUGGGACAGCGAAUAUGACCAGUGGGUGGACUGUGAGUCCCCAGAUAUCUAUCCUGUGGGCUGGUGUGAGCUGAUAGGCUACCAGCUACAGCCCCCAGUAGCACCAGCUUCUGAUUGUAGAUCUGUUUCCUCGGUGGCAGAGCCUAUGUCACCAGUGCCAGCUAAGGAGGUGCUGAAGAAGAAGCGAAAGCCAUAUGGAAGGAAAAGGAAGAAGAUGACUGCUAAAGCUCGUUCCAUCAAGCAAGCAGCAAAGAAGACGGCUGCCCCCGAAGUAAAGAAGAAAGCACAGGCUGCCAAGAAAAGGGCUGCCCCUAAAGCAAAGGAGGGCACACAAACUGCAAGCAAGACCUCCCUAAAACCAGCUUCUGAUGAAAUUGUUGCUGUGGAGGUGAAAGAAGAAAUUCUUGACGAUUCAGCAAUGGAACUUGAAGCCCCACCGCUACCAGUCCCAAUCAGCUGCUUAAAGGAUGAAGAUAUGGACACGGAAUCCCCACUGAGUCCUAUGCCAGGCGGCUGCUUAAGGGAUAAGGAUAUUGAACCAGAAGCUCCAGCAACCUCUGUGCUGCUCAGCUGCUUAAAGGAUGAAGUCAUGGAACCAGAAACCCCAGCAAGCCCAGUAUUGAUCAGUUGCUUGAAGGAUGAAGAUGUAGACUAAAGCUUCAUGCAACAAAGUGACUUAAUGUUCUUUUGCCACAGUCCUUGAAGAAAUCAGGAAAAUGCUGGCCUCAUUUGCGGGGGCAUGGACCACAGUUUAUAAAGCUGUAGUUUUUUCAUAGUUGAUGGAUCACCUCAAAAUAAAAAAGGAAAAGCUCUCA